AUGGCGACGCACUCCAGUGCUCUUGCCCAGAGGAUCCCCAGGGACAGAGGAGCCUGGCGGGCUACAGUCCACGGGGUCAGAGUUGGACAAGCACAUCAUGGUGCUUCUUCACCACAAAGGCUGCCCCAGAGAGGGCUGGUGGCCAAGGAGCCAGAGGCCCUUCCCCGCUUCCCGGCGCCCACAGCCCCUGGCAUCACAAAGCACUGGAAUGGCCUUCUCAAAAGCUCACUUAGCAGACUUCUGACUCCACCUCCUGGCCCUUCCUGGCCCCACACCUUGGUCAGGCAGCUCAGCGCCAACUAG